GAUGCAAUAUGCUCUACAAAUUUUCUGCUCGGCAACAUCAGACGAGGAAGGAGCGAGCACGAUCGCACUUUGAUCCGAGGCCCCCCUGCUGUGCAUGCAACACACAUCCGAGAGCAAUGUCUAAGAGAGAUCUACUUAGACCACGAACCAUCUGAUCAGCAGGGUAUUUAUUUGUCGUCCCAUCUACACGCCCAGCCUCUUCUGUCUCCUGGUUGUUUAAAAAUCCACUCAGCACAUCCCCUUCUACACCAAUUGAUCUUCAAGUUUCGUUGUAGACGUUACUGCAGAACGCGUCAAAGACUCCCAGUCGCUUUCCGUGAUUCCGCCCACCCGAUUCUCGAUUUUUUAUCAACAACGGCGCGUCUAUUAUCAAUGCGGUGGCACGUGGCCACACUCGCCGCCGUCUGGCUUAUUAUUAUGGGUUGGUGCGGUAGCGCAGUGAUGGGGCAGCCCAUCGCCGGAUCGAUGGAUCAGCCGCAUCCGCCACAUCAUCCUCCAGCCGGACAGACCAUUCCUGAAAUGUGGGCUCUGAUGGAUCCCGCGGACGGGCCCCCCGACACAAUUCGAGAUGGCGAUGAUUUAAAUGGUGACCUUUAUUAUUUCCCUGCCGUUCCAAUCAUGAAGAGACAACAAAGUUUAGACGACGAUUCCGGCUGGAUAUCCCAGGAUCGUUCGAAACGCCAGAGCCAAUCACACAGCGGCUCGUCCGGAAAUCAUCACUCGCAGUUAUCCAUCAUUAGUCCGAUUGAAGCUUUACGCAGUCGGCUCCGAUUGGAGAUGCUUCGCCGUCAAUAUGGCAACCAAAUCAAACAGAACCAGGACAAGCUCGAAAGGGUCGGCAAACGCCGUAAGAGGAGCAACCAAUCUUCUCCUAUCGCCGUUGAUGGAUCGGAUGAGAAACGGAUGAGCCAGCCGUCGGUAGCACCAGCAGCGAUCAAAGCACCAUAACAUCUCUUGACCGGAACGGGCCAAGAGCUAACACAAACACACACCACGAGAUUUAGUACCUAGGAGACACACGGCAAGACUGGUAACCACUACAAAGAAACAGAGGGAACGCGACAAAACAUUUAUACAUACAAGGAUCAAGGAAUGAGGUUUUAAUUGACGAGGAUGAUCUUAUAUUUCUCCCAAAAUCCCUUUACUUUCCCCAGACCCUUGAUAUUUGUUCUUGUUUUUAAUUAUAAUAUUGCACUGUGCCCCCUCUCCGGAAACAACGUCUUAAAAUUGACACACAGCCCUCCCUUAUUCUCCCAUUAUAUAUAUAUUGUAACGACACAUUUAAUUGAAUAUGCGCGCCCACUCUCCUUGUGAAGAGAGAUUUGAAAAGACGACAAAAAAAAACAAGAAAUCCACCGACAGAUUUAUUACUUAUAUAAUAUUGUAAGCCUCCGUCAUUGUUGCUAACAUAAAAAAAAAAUACGAUAUAUGUUAUCCCUCUUUGUGCUGAAUCAGUAUUUCACCCACACCGUAAUUAAAUGCUUUUCCUUUCGGUGUCUCUUUAUCCUACGAUAGUACAUGUUUAAAAUUCACAA